GGCCACUUUAUUAAAAAGAGCAUAAAAUUUCAGUCUAAGAAAAAAUGGCAACUCUUUCUUUUUCUCAUGUUUCUCUCGCUUCAUCUUCUUCUCCUUCAAAAAUCAAUAGCAGAAAGAAUCUUCCUAAUUUGAUUCUUAACUUAGGUGUCACAUCAUCUUCUCAUAUCUUACCCUCUAUAUUCUCAUCCUCGCGUUUCUUUCUAAAACCCUUAUUUCUAAAACCCAUGAAAACGUCUCCUAGAAUGGAACAGAAAUACACUUACCCUGACCCAAUUCCAGAAUUUGCAGAAUCUGAAACCAAGAAGUUUAGGUUUGAGAUUUUGAACAAGUUGUCAAAGAAUAAGGACUCCUUUGAAGGUGACUUAGACAAGGUUGUUGAUGUCUGCUCAGAGAUUUUUAGCAACUUCUUGCAUAAGGAGUAUGGGGGGCCAGGAACGCUAUUGAUCGAACCUUUCACUGAUAUGUUGGUCGCCCUUAAGGAAAAGAAACUUGCAGGAGCACCUAUGGCUGCACGAGAGGCGUUAUUUUGGGCACAAAAUUACCUUGAUGAAGACUGGGAAACAUGGACCAAAAACCUACCAAAAUAAUGCCUUGUGAUGUUUAUGUAUGUCUUGGGAAUUUUGCCAAUCUAUGAGAAAGAACUCGGAAACACCAGUACUGAAGACUGAUGCUGUAAAAAUUGAGUCAUAAACCUAGUUUCAUUAAAUGACAGUGGUGAGAUUACAAGGAUUCUGAUGCAUUUCUCAUUCUAGCUAUACAAGCGGUCAAUUUACCAUGGACUGGUUCAAACAACGAUGAUUUCCUGACCCAUGUAUAUUUCCCCAGCGAAAAACUCCAACUUGGAAGGAUUUGUUGUCUGCUUCAGACAUUUCGUACUCUUCUAUGCUGGUUUAGUUAUGGUUGUGAUUAGAAAAACAAAGAUCCGUUUCGGAAUCAGCUUCCAGCCUGCUCAGAGAUACUUUGUAAUGAAGGUCGCCAUGUUCUUAACCUUCCUGAAGUUGAAUGUGUAAAUCUUUGUCUAUGUCUUUCUAGUUUAGGUCCCUGAAAUGCAUAUCAAAGAUGAAUAUUAGUUGCAGUUUUAAGCGCAAAACUGGAAAUGUAAUCUUUGAUUCCAUUUCAAAAGAAAAAUGAAAAUUUUGAUCGUGUUCUUCUA